GGCAUCAGCAUUAAUCCUUCACACGACUCUACCAGGAAAAAAGGUAAUUUGCAAGACAAAUGUUUUGCAGCGGGCGGCUGAAAGAAAUCCGCUCGGCAACGCAAAGUCAGCAAACUGACGUGGUGCUGCUGCUCAUGUUCAGAGGUUGGAGGUGACUUCAAGCAGAGAGGAGUGAAUGGACCACACCUCUUGAUGCCUUCAGAAGAACAUGACGCCAAAGUGCUGGAUAACGUGGGUUUUGCUCUCAGGCCUUCUGUGGAAUUUUGUUGCUCCUGGAAAAAAAACAGGGGUUGACAAAAAACUGGAAAAAUGUUUGAAGAACCAUGAGAAAAUUAUUUUUUUCCAAGACACCUUCAACCUUUUCAUCAGUGCAUCAAACCCCAUAAAUCAUAGCAGAGUACAUUGUAAUGGAACGAACAAAGGUCAAAGGUCUGAACAAGAAAAAAAGGCUUGCAUCGUAUUUAUAAAGCAAAAGGAUACUGUGGAGGAAAUCUUGAAAGAGUUUUUCCCUCAAAUGGGGGGAAAAGAUUCAUCUCAUCUGCUGCGUCUGUCGAAGUGGUACAUUAAAAACAUUGAUACGGUGUAUGUCGUGGGGGGGAAGAACUGCUGCUCAACACUCUGCGACUUCACAGCCUCCAACCCCCUUGCAACAGAUUGUGUAAAUGCAGAAGAUGACUUCAACCCCCCCACUGUCGAAGGUUCUUGCUGGGUUAGACGUGUCUGCGCCAAAAAGCUAUGUAAAAACCCUGAUAAGGAGGGAGACCUGUGCGAUAAGAUCGGGAUCAACAUCAGGUACAUCAUCAACUUAACAGCAACAACCGGCAAAUGUUACGACUGUCAACCCUCCAAAGAAAAGCCUAAAAAAGAAAAGAAAGUGGAAGAAAAACCUCUGACUGAAAACGGAAAAAUUGACCCAGCAGCAGCUAGUGAAACCAUGAAAGUUAUGACCAACAUAGCCUUCACCAUGAACGAAACUUCAGCAGCCUUGUCUGGAGGAGAGGGAGUCCAGGGCAUCAUCAAGAAAAUCACAGAGACUGAAGAAGUCUCCUUUGGUUAUAGUUCUCCAAAUGACCACUUGAGUAUCAUCAGUGACAGCUCUGUUCUGCAGAGCUUCUCGAGAUCGGUCUCGGUGUCAAUAGAAGCGAUGGAUAAAGCUCGCAGCUCGAACCUCAGUGACCCCUUCAUAGCGAUUAUCAGAUUCACUAAUAUGGCUCAGGAUGAGAAGAACAGCACUGUUUUAGGUGAUGAGGUUUUAGGCGUGGAAAUGGGAACCGUGAUCGACAACCUCACAGACCCCAUAGGCAUCAAUUUUCUCAACAUGAUCUACGAAGGAAUUCCAUCUUGUCAAUCAUGGAACGGUGACGGCAAUCUACCAAACUGGACCACUGACGGAUGUGAAACGCAUCAGAAUGGAACCGACAUCACAUGCCAGUGUACACAUUUGACGUUUUUCGCCAUCUUGUUGGCUCCACCGAAUCAAACCAUCUCUAGUACUGAUCUGAAAAACCUCACCAUCAUCACCAAAGUCGGCUGCGGCUUGUCCAUGUUCUUCCUCUGCAUCGUCCUCUUCAUGCACUUUCUUAUAAGGAGGACCAAGGCCACCGACUCCACCAAGAUCCUGAUCAACCUGGUGUUAGCCCUGUGCCUGCUCGACCUCCUGUUCCUGAUCAACAGCUCUGUGGCCGGUAUGAAGAACGCUGUGGGUUGUAAGGUCGUGGCGGCGCUCAUGCAUUACUCCAUGUUGGCCACCUUCACCUGGUUUGCCGUGCAGGCCCUCCACCUCUGCAUUCAGCUGUACACCAAGGGCAACAUUGUGAUCAAUCGUUACAUGCUCAAAGUCUGCCUCGCCAGCUGGCUUACACCCAGUGUGAUCGUGGUGGUCUUGCUGGUCUUGGGCAAAUAUGGUGAACAAGUCAUACAAGCUGUCGACCCUUCAGAAAAUGUGACGAUGUGCUGGAUCAAUGACGGGAACGUCCACUACAUUGUCAACAUCGGCUACUAUGCCAUCGUCUUCAUCCUCACCUUCACCACCUUCACCGUCAUGCUGUCAUGGCUCUGUAUUAACAAGAAAACCAAAAAGGACGACAAGCCGGUUAACAAAACCGAGAUAAGCCUGAUGACCGUCAUGGGCCUGUGUUGCAUGAUGGGUGUCACGUGGGGUUUUGCCUUCUUCGCCUACGGUGACCUCCAGAUUCCCUCCUACUACAUUUUCACCGUUCUCAAUUCUUUUCAAGGUUUCUUCCUUUUCAUCUACUACUACAAAAGCAGGAGCAGCAGGGCGCCGAAAACCAGCGAGAGCGACAACUCAACCAGCGCCAGUCGAACCACCACCAUCGGACCUGACCUGCUCGGACUCGACAACCCCUACAUCAACGUGGCAGGGAAGUAAAAACCUUUAGAGGACGACUGAGGUGUGAGGAAGUCUUCAGCUCCCAGAACAGACGUCUAGGUGGUGCAGAGAAUGAACUGGAGAGUGUACGGAUGUAAAACAGGGGUAUUUCCUGACAUUAGUAUAUAGCUUUAAUAGUGUAUUUUUUAUUAUUAUCUCACGAUCACAAUAAGGUUUGGAUUAGAAAUAGGAAGGAUUGUUUCAUGUAAUUUAAUCAAGAACUCUCAGACCCUUAAAAAUAUCAUUAAAAGCUUUAAACCGAUGAAUUUUAUUUAUUUAUAUAUUUCCUGCUUUAACCAUACGAAUACCAAGUGGGAAAUCAUACGUUCUGACGGAGAUAUGAAGAGGAACGUGAGGAAAUCCUUUCUUUAUUUUAACAGUUACAUUAAAACACAAAUUAAACAUUAAUAAACACAUGAGGUUUCUCAUACAAACUCAAUUCAAGUGGACAUAUAAUAUCACAGUAAGAGAGCCUCUGCUUCCAGGAGAGCGUUUUCCAUCUCAGCAGCCUCCAGCGAGAAGUUCUCCCUCUCCUGCAGCAUGUGUUCUCGUGCUUUAGCGAGGUCUGUCAUCGUUGCUUGGAUUUCCUGCAAGAUGCAUGUACAAGAUGAGACAUUUCAAAAAUACACCGCACACAUCACUAACAUCAUCCCCUCCAACUAAUUGGUCGAGACAGAAAGGCUGGAGGGACUUUGUCUCACCUCGAGCCGAGAACGUUGCUGAGACGCAGCGUCUCCGAAAGUCUUUAAUUCGCUCAGCAGGUCUGCGGAGACACUCUGAAAAAGAGACGAGGAAAGAUGAGUUGAUUUUAUUUAUAACCACUGAAAGCCUUUGCAUGUGUGAAAUGCAAAUAUAGAUUUAUCUUACAUAUACAAAUUACAUAUUGACUAAAUAGGCAAAGUCUUUCUUUGUCAGGACUUAUGUAGGAUUAUGAGGUUUGUGUGCAUUGUUAGAAUUUCCUCUGUGUCUCAGGUUGUAGUUAUUUGUGGGAGUUUGAUUAAAAUGUACUUUAAUGAUGAAAAAUGAAAUAUAUAUAAAACCCUGCAGGUAAAAAAAAACUUGAUCUACCAUUGCUUCUUUCCGUUGAUCUUCAUUUUGUUGUGCAGCUUCUCCAACGCUUCCUCCUGAAACUAGACAAUAUAUUUAUGUCACUUUCUAUCAGACAACCAGUCGAGCUGGGCAAGAUCACUUUUUGAAAUUGUAAAGUACACAUAUUUACCUGGGUCAAUGUUUGCUGCGACAAGGAUAACAUGGCAGUUCUUCAGGUUUUUCUGUACCUCUGUAUUUUCCUUUUCCAUGUCGCUGAACUGCAGCUCCAGCUCAGAGACUCUUUGCUGCAAUUUAACAAGGAUGUAAACAAAGUGACAUACUUUCAUAUAGAAUUUUCUAAGGAUUAAUAUAAGUACUUUAUUUUGUUACCUGUGUCUCUGUGAGGUUUUUCUGCAGCUCCUCAUUAACGGUCAUCAAAUGUUGAUUUUGCUCCUUGAGCUCGGCCUCUUGCCCAUAACGAGUGGAGACUCUAUGGAAGGACGCAACAUAUUCAGUUAAAAGUAAAAUGAAGUUCACCUCAUGGUUCCGGAUAUGAAAUAUAGUCUUUGACUUACCCUUUGUGAACUUUAGGAACAACGUUUUUCCUGAAAGACAAAAAAGGGGAAAUAAUGUGAUUUAACAGCUGUGAGGAAAACGUACAGAUACAUCAUGAUUCCAGACAGACUGCAGAAGAUGGGAAGUUGUGAAGAUGUGAUUCUGGUGAUGUACUGAUGAUGGUUUUUGAACUCGCUGCCAUUAUUUCCCCACAAAAUCCAUUUGGCAUUUGAAUUUUCUUUCUAAAAACAUGUUGGUAAAAGUUAAAUGGAUUAUAUCUGCUGUCUCAUGAUGUGUUCACUGCCUGCUGGGGGGAAGGAAAUGUCUCAAGAAGUGGAGACAAUCGAUCAUCCCCAUGAACCAAUCUGUGAACUGUAAAUAUAUGUAUUGAUAAUCUCUCUCUAUAUAUGAUUUAAAUUUACUUUUAAUACUUCAGUUGUAUUUGCCACUCGUUUGCGGUGGGUUGUGUGAAGUUCUGUAAAAUUUAGAAAAAUAAACACUUAUAAAAACAAA